ACGGAAGUCGUCGCCUAAACUCUGCGGCGUACACAUCAAAAGCGAUCUGGAGAUUGGUGUACCCUCCCUCGGAUGUUGUAAAGGUGUAAAAAUUGUUGCGUACAAUUUAAUGCAACCCGUCCUGAAGCAAAGCCAUGGCGGUGAUUGCAGAUGACUCGGGAAAGGAGAUUAAGUCUGUUCAAGACGUUCUGAAAACGGAAGGCAAUGACGAGCUUAAAUUCGGUUUGCUUAUUGGACUGAUCAAAGUAAACCAGGUGUCAAGUAAGGAUGUCGUCGACACAGUGUUGCACUUGCUUGUUGGGGGAGAAUUUGACAUUGAAAAUAAUUUCAUCAUUCAAAAUCCCAAGAAUAUCCUUCACAUGUUGAAGCUGCUGGAAGUUUGCCCUCACACUCUGCAGGCAGAAAUAUGGAGUGUCUUUACAGCCAUGCUGAAAAAAAGCAGGAGAAAUCUUGCAGCAUGCACAGAUGUUGGAUUAAUUGGCCUUGCACUGAAAAUGUUGGGUAAUGCAGAGGAUAUGGCAGCAGACUUAAUUGUCGAGAUGCUGGGAAUUUUAGCAAGCUACAGCAUCACUGUCAAGGAGCUGCGAGCUCUGUUUGCUUUUCUCAAAGCAAAGGAUGGAAAAUGGCCUCGACACUCAGUGAAGCUGAUUUCAGUUCUUCGACAGAUGCCUCAGCGUCAGGGACCUGAUGAGUUCUUCAGUUUUCCAGGGAAAAAAGGAUCGCAUAUUGCACUACCACCAAUCAAGACAUGGCCUGCACAGAAUGGAUGGACUUUUUCUUGUUGGCUGCGAUUGGACCCAGUGACUGGCGCAAGUGUAGAACGAGAGAAACCCUACAUCUAUUGCUUCCGGACCAGCAAAGGAAUUGGCUAUUCAGCCCACUUUGUAGGAGAGGCUCUUGUCAUCACAUCCAUGAAGGUCAAGGGCAAGGGGUUUCAGCACUGUGUGAAAUACGAAUUUCAACCACGCAGGUGGUACAUGGUGACUCUGGUCCAUGUUUACAAUCGCUGGAGUCGCUCAGAAAUCCGGUGCUAUGUCGACGGACAGUUGGUGUCAUCAGCAGAUAUGUCAUGGCUUGUUUCCACAAGUGAUCCUUUUGACAAGUGCUAUUUGGGUUCAAGUGUCGAUGGCGAUGCAGAGAAUAUGUUUUGUGGCCAGAUGUCUACAGUUUACCUCUUUAGUGAAGCACUUUUACCCCAGCAGAUACAAGUGGCUUACCAACUAGGUCCUGGCUACAAGAGCCAGUUCAGGUUUGACAAUGAAAGCACUGCUGUUCUUGGAGACUCUGCUGCCAGGAUACUAUAUGAUGGACGACUAACUAGCAGCAUAGUGUUCAUGUACAACCCUAUUGCUUGUGAUAGUCAGCUGUGCUUGGAAUCUUCUCCAAAGGGAAAUCCUUCUUUCUUUGUCCACACACCUCAUGCCAUGAUGUGCCAGGAUGUGAAGGCAGUGAUAACUCAUUCUAUACACAGUACCCUUCAUUCGCUGGGAGGAGUACAGAUCCUUUUCCCAUUGUUUGGUCAGCUAGACAUGCCUGUUGAUCAAGGUCCUGACAAACAGAGUCAAGUGGAUUACACAACAUGUGCUAAUCUGAUGGACUUGCUGUGUGAUCUACUGAAGAGUUCCUCCACCAUUCAGCAGCAGUUUUUGCAGAGCAAAGGCUUUCUUGUCAUAUCAUACCUUCUGGAAAAAUCUUCAAGGGAUCACAUCACACCUGCUGUUUUAGAAGCCUUUCUUGACCUGACUCAGUACUUGGUCAAACUGCCCACUGGUUCCCCGCUACUCAAGCACUUGUUUGAUUACAUCUUGUUCAACCCCCAGUUGUGGGUACACACUUCUGUAGAGGUGCAGACAAAACUAUACUGCUACCUUGCUACAGAAUUCAUCAAUGAUGCUCACAUCUAUACCAACAUCCGCAGAGUGUCAGCUAUCCUCCAGACAAUGCACUCUCUGAAGUUUUUCUACUGGGUAGUCAGUCCACAGGAUCGUAGUGGGAUCAUUCCUAAAGGCUUGGAUGGGCCUCGACCAACAUGUGAUGAGAUAGUCAGACUGAGGUCUUUCAUGCUUCUCUACCUGCGAGAGCUGAUCAUCAAAGGGCAGGGAAUAUUAGAGGAUGAACUUCAGAGCAUGCUGAAUUACCUGACCACGCUACAUGAAGAUGACAACCUACUUGAUGUUUUGGAGCUGUUGGUGGAACUGAUGGCUCAACAUCCAGCAUCCAUGGUGCCUGCUUUUGACAAGAAGAAUGGUGUAUGCACGGUGUUUAAACUACUGGCCUCACAGAGAGAGGACAUCCGUCUGUUGGCACUGCGUCUACUAGGGUUUUUCCUUAUGCGUAGCACAUACAGGCGAAAGCAAGAUGCCAUGAACCCAUACAACCUCUUCAGUCUUUUGGCUGAACGUCUUAUGCUUCACUCCAGCAAUAUUUCCAUGAACAUCUACCAUGUUCUGUUUGAGAUUUUGACAGAGAGGAUGAGUCUGGAGAAACCUAAAGAUCUGGAGCCAGAGUCUACCCAUAGGAUUGAGAAUUCAGCAAUCCUUAAAGUGGUAGCAACCAUGAUCAGGCAGUCGAAAGCUACUGCAGAGGUCCUGGAGGUGAAAAAGAAAUUCUUGUCAGACCUCACGAUUCUUUGCAAUAACAACAAGGACAACAGAAGAACUGUGCUGCAAAUGUCGGUUUGGCAAGAUUGGCUGUUUUCUAUGGCCUACAUUUACCCACGAAAUGCGGAGCAGCAGAAAAUCACGGACAUGGUCAUGGCUUUGUUCCGCAUGCUGCUGCACCAUGCCAUCAAGUACGAGUUUGGAGGCUGGCGUGUCUGGAUUGAUACUCUGGCCAUCUUGCACUCAAAGGUGACAUAUGAAGACUUCACCCUACACAUGUCCAAAGUAUACCACCAGUAUGAGCAGCAACGAACUGAUGACAUCUCUGAUCCCAAAGAGCGUCAGCAGAGACCAAUCAGCACCAUUUCAGGUCUCAGCAGUGGAGACACCAGGCCAGCACCAAAGUCAACUGUUCGCAUUUCUGAGGUCACGGAAGAUGAAGCAGCCGCUAUAGAGAAAGAGAAUGGAGAGAAAAAAGAGGACCAGUCUGAGGAAGAAAAAGAAAAAGGCAUCAAAGAAGAUGGGGACCAUGAAGAACAAAAAGAAAAUGUGGAAGAAAAUUCCCUUAAAGAUGUUGAGACACGAGAGAGUGCGGAUGGUGCAUCUGUGGUGCCAAACCAAGAGACUAGGAAGGAGGAGGAGGAGGAGAGUUCAAAAGAACAGGCUGACACAGAGAAAUCUUCAGAAGUCCAGGGCACUGACAGCAGUUCCACAGAAGUGUCUGUGUCUGAAUCAACUGCUACGUCAGGCUCAGCACCACCGGAACUACCUGUGUCAGAGUCAGCACCUUCUGCCAGGUCUAGAGUUAAGCCCAAACAUUCUGGAAGCCUUGACAGUGAAGAGCAGAAUCACAACCAGAGUGCUUCACUACAUCGUCACCCUUCCAGUGCUAGCCGUACUGGGGACGAGAGACAAGGCCGCACUAUUUUCAGCCCAGGCCCACGGGCUCCACCUUUCCGUAUUCCUGAGUUUCGGUGGUCCUAUCUUCACCAGAAGUUGCUUAGUGAUCUUCUGUUUGCUGUGGAAACAGACAUCCAAGUGUGGAAAAGUCACAGCACAAAGAAUGUCAUUGACUUUGUCAAUGCUGCUGAAAACCACAUCUAUGUGGUGAAUGUUACUCACAUGAUCUCUCAGCUGGCAGACAACCUCAUCACUUCCUGUGGAGGUCUUCUCCCUUUACUUGCGGCUGCCACAUCACCAAAUGGAGAAAUUGAAAUAUUGGAACCAAACCAAGGCCUCAGCAUAGAGCAGGCUGUGUCCAUCCUGCAGCGCAUCAUGGCCAUGACCGAUAUCUUAGUCUUUGCCUCAUCAACUAACUUUGCUGAGCUGGAGCAAGAAAAGAAUAUGCCAUCUGGUGGCAUUCUGCGACAGUGCCUUCGUCUGGUUUGCACAGCAGCUGUGCGAAACUGCCUAGAAUGCAGACACCGUUAUUCCCGCCCUCCAUCAGAACCCCCAUCGCCAGGAGCUGGAGCGGGAGGCAAACCAGUAAAUGGAGUAAAUCCUAUUCAGUCCCUUAUUGGAGGAUCACACCCAUCCACAAAGAACAUAGUGGAGAACCUGGCAGGACAAGUGGCCCCCAUUAAAGAUCCUGAAAAGCUUCUACAAGACAUGGACAUCAACAGGCUGCGUGCUGUUGUAUACCGUGAUGUGGAGGAGACAAAACAAGCCCAGUUUCUGGCCCUGGCCAUUGUGUACUUUACAUCAGUCCUUAUGGUUUCAAAGUAUCGUGAUAUCCUGGAACCACCUACACCAACAUCAGCUGCAGGCAGCUCUUUUGGAACAAGUCGCAGGGACAGCACUGCCUGGCAGAAACUGAGCUCGUCAGCCAUCCCCCUUCUGCCUGAAAGCAGUAGCAGCAACAAUGGCAACAAACCUGCAACUACCACAAGCAAAACUUGUUCCACCUCCAGUGAAGAGGUGGCCAGUACCAAAGGGGGUGAGAUGAAAGGUCCAGCCAUCGAGGAGCCCAGCGCAGUUCCAGCACUUGUUCCUACACCAACAGAAGCAGACAUUGAGGAUGGUGGUGGUGGUGAUGGUGGUGGUGGUGGUGACGACGGGGGCAGCGUAUUAGCACAGAUGGCUUCUGGCAGCCUCGAGUUAUGUCCAGAGGCUACUGAACAAGGAGAUGAGGAAGAGAAGGAACAAGACAGGGAGGAGAAUCAAGACAGCAAAGAUAGUGACACCACUCCAAGAUCUGAAGAAAGUUCUUCUGCUGUAGAAGUUAGCAUAUCGAAAGAAGCAAGUGAGGAAAGUAAAGAUGAAGAAGCAUUGAAAGAUAUUGGUUCUGUAGUGGAGAAUAAAGAAGCAGAUGUGGCUGCAGCCUCUGGAGAUGAUAAGGAAUGUAAAACAGAGGAACCUGUUGAGACUGAAUCUAAAGAGCAGCCAAGAGAAGUUCCUAUUGAAUCAGAUGGAGUGAAAACAGAUGAAAAAUCAGAGGCUGAAGAAACCACCAAAGAGCUGGAAGAAAAGAUUGAACAGAAACCAGAAGAUGUAGUUCCAGCAGAAGCUGAGGACCAGUCAACCACCUCUGCUGGCAGUGAGAAUGAAACAAGGGAAGAUGUGAAGUCUGCUGAUAGUGAAAACCUGCCUGCAAGCAAAGAGGAAUCAGAAAUCUUGAAGGGAGCUGAUAGAGAAGACAAAAUGGGUGAGGAGGAUAAGUCCAGCAGAGAGGAUGACAUCACAAUGGUCAGGAGAGGUGAAAGAGAAGAGGCAGAAGGAAGCAGUAACCAGCCCAUCUCUUCUAUCACUGUCAGUCAUAAACCCGAAGAAGGCGCCACUGCAGCAACAGACAUUCCUAAGCCAAGCCGUCUCGAUCUAACCCACCCAGAUAUUCCAGACCACCUUCACAACCUGCCUGUUGAUGGAGGUUCCCUCACAAAACGUCUAGAGAGAGCCUUGGGCUCUGUGGCACCGCUGCUGCGAGAGAUCUUUGUUGACUUUGCUCCAUUCUUGUCAAAGACAUUGAUUGGUUCUCAUGGGCAGGAACUUUUGAUAGGCGGUCUAGUGACGUUGAAGCAGAGCACCUCAGUGGUGGAGCUGGUCAUGUUGUUAUGCUCUCAGGAGUGGCAGAACUCUUUACAGAAGCAUGCAGGACUGGCGUUCAUCGAGCUAGUGAAUGAAGGGAGACUACUGGCGCAUGCCACAAGAGACCAUAUUGUGAGAGUAGCCAAUGAGGCUGAGUUCAUUCUUAACCGAAUGCGAGCUGAAGAUGUACAAAAACAUGCAGAGUUUGAGUCAUUAUCUGCCCAGUUGAUGUUAGAACGUCGAGAAGAGGAGAAACUGUGUGAUCACCUGAUUAAAUCAGCUAAAAGACGUGAUCAUUCAUUAGCUUACAAGCUGCGUGAAAAGGUUGUGAAUAUCCUUACAAACAAGCAUGGUGCCUGGGGUGAAGGAAAAACAAGUGAUGCCUUGGAGUUCUGGAAGUUGGAUGUUUGGGAGGAUGACUCUCGACGACGUAGACGUCUAGUGAGAAAUCCACUGGGUUCUACUCAUCCUCAAGCCACUCUAAAAGCUGCCAUUGAGCAUGGUGCCACAGAAGAUGCAAUCAACCAGGCUCGGGAAGCAUUUCAUGCUCACCUGACUCACCUGCGCAAAGUACAGAAGGAGACAACUGAUUACACUGACGAAGAGCUUAUGAUGGAGGAAAAAGACUUUGAGCAAGAUUUUUCAGGACCUGUGGCACUGUCCACCAGCUGUAAACUGAUCGUGCCAGGUGUGGCUGUUAAUGGCACAAUGUCCAUCACCAAGUCUGAGCUGUACUUUGAGAUGGAUGAUGAAGAUGCAGAAAAUAAGAAGAUUGACCCACAGGUGCUGGCUUACGUGGACUGUCUUCACGGCAAAUGGAACUUCUCAGAGGUGCGAGCUAUUUUCUCCCGUCGCUACCUCCUGCAGAAUGUUGCCAUCGAGAUUUUUAUGGCCAACAGGACGGCCAUGAUGUUUGCUCUGCCUGACCACAAUACUGUGAAAAAAGUGAUAGACUUGCUACCAAGAGUUGGUGUUGGCAUCAAAUAUGGAUUACAACAGGCGAGGCGCAUGUCCUUAGCUUCUGGCAAACAGCUUUUUAAACUGUCCAACAUGACUCAGAAGUGGCAGCGCCGAGAAAUCUCCAAUUUCGACUAUAUUAUGUACCUCAACACUGUUGCAGGGCGGACAUACAACGACCUUAACCAGUACCAUGUGUUCCCGUGGGUACUGGUCAGCUAUGACAGUGAAGAGCUGGACCUUUCAACUGCCACUACCUAUCGUGAUCUCUCAAAGCCAAUUGGUGCUCUGAAUGAGACAAGGAGGAGUUAUUUUGAAGAGCGUUAUGCUACUUGGGAACAUGAGCAGAUCCCUCCCUUCCACUAUGGAACUCAUUAUUCCACUGCUGCCUUCACCCUCAACUGGCUUAUACGCAUUGAGCCAUUCACCACCCUUUUCCUGAAUCUGCAAGGGGGCAAGUUUGACCACCCAAAUCGUAUCUUCUCUUCAAUUGCCCAGGCAUGGAAGAACUGUCAACGAGACACAUCUGAUGUCAAGGAACUUAUUCCAGAGUUUUUCUUCUUGCCGGAGAUGCUCGUGAACAGCAGUAGGUAUGAACUAGGAAAACAGGAGGAUGGCCAGGUGGUUUCAGAUGUUGAGCUUCCACCAUGGGCCAAAACGCAAGAGGAUUUCAUUCGUAUCAACAGACAGGCUUUGGAAUCAGAAUUUGUCUCUGGCCAGCUACACCACUGGAUAGACCUCAUUUUUGGCUACAAACAAAGAGGUCCAGAAGCUGUACGAGCAACCAAUGUGUUCUACUACCUGACAUAUGAAGGCAACGUCAGUCUGGAGGCCAUAACUGACCCUGUUAUGAGAGAGGCAGUAGAGAAUCAAAUUCGCAGUUUUGGUCAAACUCCGUCUCAGCUGUUAACAGAGCCUCAUCCACCUCGCAGUUCUGUCAUGCAUCUGAGCCCAAUGAUGUUCUCACAAAGCCAGGAGGAUGUCUGUAUGAUCAUGAAGUUCCUGUCUAACUCACCUGUGGUGCAUGUUGCUGCCAACACCCAUCCAGCAGUUCCCACACCAGCAAUUACUACAAUUACAGCCAACCAUCAUUUUGCCAUCAACAAGUGGAAUAAUGCAUAUGUCCCCCAGUCAUCUGGCUCCAGUUUUUCUUCAGAGAAGCAAGACCCGCAGAAUACCCCUCAGCUGCCACUCAGCAUGGAUCAGUUACUAGCUUUAAAUACAGGACUGCAGCGUCGCACUCUUGGAGACAACUUUGAUGAAAGGUUGACGGCCACUCACUCUAGCUUUGUCACAACAGCUGACAAUCGCUUUAUCUUUGCCUGUGGUUUUUGGGACAAGAGCUUCCGCCUGUACUUUGCAGAAACAGCCAAAAUACUGCAAGUGGUAUUUGGCCAUUACGAUGUGGUGACAGUGGUGGGGCGAUCAGAGUGCAAUGUUAACCAAGACUGCUACGUGGUAACAGGAGCAAAGGAUUGUAGUGUCAUGGUGUGGAUGUUUAAUGCCAAAAGCCAGGCUAUCCUUGGGGACAAUGGCAACCCAACUCCAAAAGCGGUGCUGACGGGUCACCAGUCAGAAGUUACCUGUGUUGCAGUUAUUGCUGAGCUGGGUAUUGUUGUCAGUGGGUCUAAAGAUGGACCUUGCCUCAUCCAUACGUUGGGUGGGGACCUGCUGCGCUCUCUUGACCCUCCAGAGAUUUGUGUCAUCCCACACCUGAUCACAAUUUCACGUGAGGCCUUCAUUAUUGUGACAUUUGACAAAGGUCAUGUCUGCUCUUUCACAAUCAAUGGCAAGCUUUUGCGUUUCAUGGAGCACAAAGAUUCUCUGCAGGCCCAAACACUAAGCCGUGAUGGGCAAUAUCUUAUUUUGAGUGGAGAUGGGGGUGUUGUGGAAGUUUGGCGUUCCCAUGACUUCACUUUGCUGUACACUUAUCCACAGUGCGACAGCAGCAUCCGCUCCCUAGCCCUCACCCAUGAUCAUAAGUUUCUGAUAGCAGGGCUUGCAACAGGCUGUAUCCUGGUGUUUAACAUCGACUUCAACAAGUGGCACCACGAGUAUCAGGAGCGCUACACAUAACCAUCUCACACAGUUCCUGUCUGGCAGUCUUCUUACAAUCUCUUGCCUUGUGCAUCAAAUAGAGGUGGCUUUGACCUUCCAGAGGUCUUUUUAUUCAUGGGUUCCUUUGUUUGCUUUCCUGCUAAGACCUUCAGCAAAGCAGCGUGGAAAGCAAACAGUGAGAUCCAUGUCCCUGGAGAAGUGGAUUGGAUUUAAUGGGUUAAAUGAAUAUUACUAUUAUUAGUGCAUUAUGAUACUUUGCUUUUCUCUACAUUUACAAGAAUUGUAAAUACUGCUAGUUUCAUAGGUUAUAACCCCUCCCCCUUAUUUUUUUAUUUUUUUUUAUUUCUACUGAUAUGUGAUAAUAUGUGUAAAUGCCUCCUCAGAAGAGGAGUAAUAGACCUUCAGGAAUUUUAACUGAGUUCUGCAGAGCUCCUCAGUAAUUUCGCAUCACUCAAAAGGACUUCUCCUUAUCAAGUUUUUCUUGUAACCAUAAAUUCAUGGACCUGUCAGAAGGCUCUGUCAAAUGUUGUGGCACAGCAAGGCAAAUGCAUGGUCUGUGCAGUGCUUUGAUGACCAGCAAGGCCAAGCUGGCUACAUUAUUUACAUGCAGCUGAGAUGAAUAAGGUGACCAGCAUAUGUGCUAUGCUUAAGCCUAUGUAUACAAUUUACUAAGCAUAUCUGUCAUCACACUGCCCGUCCAAGAUUUUGAAGUCAAAUGAUAUAAUUUUCAGAAUUGGUUACAGGGGAGAGAUUUAAUUAUUAGCCUCUCUUAUAUUAAGAAUAUGCAAGGUUAUUUCCUGUUGUCAGGAAUGCUCACUGAAUGAAACUUACUUUCUCAGAGUGACAGCCAGCAACAACAAUUAACAAAAAUAACAGUUUCAAGUCCAUGCUACUAUUGUACAAAACCAUGCCGCAUGGAUACAUGAACCACCGUCACACAGCCAUGUAACUGUUGGCGGUUUUCUGUGUGUAUAUCCAGCCUUUGUUGAAAUAUUUAAGUGACCAAUCUCUAAGGAAAGUACCUUGAGUUAACCCUAGUUUUAUCCUGCAUUGUGAAUGAGGUUCGGCAUCUUCUGCUUCUGCUUUCUUCACUAAAAAUUUUUUUUCAUAUCUGUGUUGAUUUUGUUGUUGUCCUUGCUUUCUUGCUGGGUGGUUUCCUUUCUAGAUUUGUUUCUAAUGAUUGCACAUCAGUGAUGUUAAUGUGAAUACUGAGGCCUCACAAGUGUGUGGUCUAAAUACCGAGAUCCUUUUCAGGAACUCAUGUUGCAGGCCCUAGUCAGAUAUUGUUAUCAGUACUAAUGUUUUUCUGUGCUUUUGUCACGCUUAUGCUGCAUCCUUCAUAAAAUAAUUUGAGAUUAUAAGUAUUUGAAAGUAAAGCCUAACUCUGUAAAAUAAAUAUCUACUAUUGUUUAAAAAUGUCCCUUUCACAGCUGUUUUAGAGAUUCUCAACCUUCUUAGGACACACUGAGACUGUUAAAGGUGUUGCAAAAGAGAUAGCUUAAGUUGGUUUUUAUUUAUGUUACAAUUACAAAGUGUUGUUUGCUGUUCUCUGUGUAAUUUGGUAUCCAUGUGAAAAUGUAUUAGCUGUCAUUCCAUUUCUUCUGCUUCUGGAAGGAGAAAGUGGAAAUAGCAUCAUGAACAAUUACCAAUUUAUGUCUAGUGACUAGAAAUUAUAAAAUGUUCAGACAAAUUUUGUUUAGCACAUGGGUUUUACCAACUCAAAAAUAUGGCAGAGCCAUCACUGCUUUUUCCUGAAUGAUCUAGCAUGACAUGAACAAAGUUCACCUCUUGGUGGUGAUCCAUUCUAGACAUGUAACAAGAUUGUUUGCUGUCUUAACUGUAAAUAUGAAAAUAGCGGACUUUUUAAACAACACAUUUAAAGGAGUAUGGUUAGUAUAUACAUCUCUCUGUUUUAGAAAAUGGUAUUUAAAAGUAAUGGUCCUAAAAGUUCUUAAAUCAAGCCCUGUGACUUAAUGAGUGAGAAAGUGCCUACUUUGCUUAGCCUCUUACCUGGAUUAAAUUCAAAGUUCUGUAAAAUGUGACUUUUUAAAAGAAAAAAACAAAAUAGGACUUGCUGUGUCUUAAAAACUUUAAGUCUCUGGAAAAAACAUACAAAUGGUUGUUAAUGCUUAUGUAAGCAUACGCUUAUUUGGUGAUGGAAGUGAUGUUUCUGUGUGUUGGUGCCUGUGUCCAUGUUUUUGUAUGUGAAGUGCAUUUGCAAGCAUGAGCAAGUGGAGACUCUUGGAAAUAAUCUGGAAUCUCUGUACCAGCUUUAGAAAACUCUAAGCUGAUUGAGUUUUAUUUCUGUUCAGCAUUCUCCUUGAUCCAUGUUUUUAAUGUACUCAGUAAAUGAGAAAGGGAAUUCAAAUGUGGGUUGCUUGAUUUUGUGUAAGACAUGUAUUGUUUUUUUUAUUUUUAAGAUUAUAAAUGUAUAUGGAGGUUUCUGUGCAUGAGCAUAAAUAUAAUUAUUAUUUGUAAGCUGUGUGUCCUGUCACAUGUUGUCCAUCAGCAAUGUAAGCUGUGAGGCUUUUCACCUAUUUUUAUCAUAUUAUACACUGAAUUGCCAAGCAUCAUUGUCAGUGUUUUGCUUUUUAAAGCUUUCUUUUUUCUCCCUUUCCUUCUUGUUCUUUUUAAAUUUUUGGCUGCUUAAUUUCAAAGAAUAGUUCAGAGAAGAGCUGACUUUAUAUUCAGUGUUUAAAUGGCAAGUACAUCUAUGAUAACAAAGCACAUUUAAUACUGUUUGCUUUGUUGGUUUCCUAUAUUCAAAAUAUAUCCAGAUUCAGGCUAUUUAUUUCCUUUGUGAUUUCUACACCAUGGUUGUGGCAAUUACUGACUUUUGCCCCUCAAAGAUGUUUUCAUAUUUGUACAGAUUUAUGAUUUUCUUAAUAGCCCACCGCAAUAUUUUGUAUAUCGAAAUACAUGGGCAGAUGCAAGAUGAAAUUUCUGCUUUUUUUCUUCUGCAUAUAUGCAUUUGAAACAUCACUUUGCAAAUCAUAUAUGGUGUAAGCAUUCCAGUCUACCAGUUUAUGAUAAAUCUUUGUUUUAACUAUCUUCCGUAUAAAACAUUCCAUUAUCAGUUAAUGUUCUUUGCUGAGAACAAAUGUCACUGGGACUCAGAUAGCAGAUUAGUUAUUAUUAUGGAAAAGAUGACAUAUUCAGCAUGUACUCUGUUUGUGAAACAUUGGAAAACUGGAAUUGUUUAUGAAUGUUUAACAGUGCCAGACCAAGUCCUUGCAGUUUACAACUCAUUGUCUGAAUGUAUGAUUGCUAUUUAGAGAACAGGUUAUCAGAGUAUUAAUAUUGCUACAUUCCAUUCUUGUUUGUAAUCCACUUCAUCAAUGUAACCUGGAAAGUACCACUUUAGUUUGAGAGAUUCGGUACCUGUGUGAACUUAAAGCUGUUGUGCUUUUUUUAACAUAAGAACAAUAGGAUUGUUGUGAAUGGGUGGGUUUCUUUGUAGGAAAUACAGAGCAUAUGUAAUAGUCAUUGUAAAACUAACAUUACCUGCUGCAAAAGGUGUUUCAAAACAGGAAAUAAAACAACUGGUUUGAAGCUGGUUUGGAAAAGACUUAUUAAUAAGUUUUUAAGAUUGUGGGAAAAUAUUACAUCUUACAUUGAUUAUGUAUAAUGCUCGGAAAAUAACAUUUAAAACAUAUCAUUGAAGAAACACUUGUGUUAUGUGUGCAUAGAAAAUGAUAUCUUGCUAGAUUAGAUUUCAACAUCAAACAUGAUGUUUGCACUGUGAUUCAAACUUCCAAGCUGUGUGACACAUGAUGUUCAUAAGCUAAUUGUUCAGAGCAACCAUGUGCUUACCAGCAUGAAUUGUAUAAAAGUAUUUGUCUUGAAAAACUGUUACAUUGUAUGCAGAACGUUUUUAAAUUGUUGUUUUAUUUGCUUAAUAUACAGUUUAUUUCUUAUGUGGAAUUUUAAAGUUUCAGCUCUUUGUUAUAUCUUCUGUUCGGAGGUAUAUUUUUUGGCAUUGGUUGACAAGUUUGCCCUGCAUCAUCAAUUUAAUAAUCAGUAGUAAACACAAAAUAGCAUGCGAGAGUCACUUUACCAUUCACAUAAAAAAAAAUUUCAGCAUGACCACAACGAGCACACAGCUAGAUAUUUGAGAAUUUUGAAGGGCCUCUCACCCACUCUUUCACUUCUUCUGAAAAUAGAAAUGGCGAAAAAAUUGAUGUAAGUAAAAUGCCAUAAAGGGUUUAAACACACAAAAUAGUAACUGAAUAAAAGUGUUUUGUUUAUAAAGUCUCAUGCAGUAGACAAAUAAUAAAUGUACUAAAAGUAUUGGUGCUGUUUAAAACAUGUUAUCUAAUAUUUAAGUGCAUAACUGAAGCAGCAAACAGGUCGACAAUUUUUGGUGUGGGAAUAUUUCAAGCAUUCGAUGAGACCAUCACGAGACUAAUAUACCUGAAAUAAAAGUUUGCUUUAAAGCACUUUAGAAGUCAUGGUAAUUUAACAGGUAUAAGUAGUUUGACAACGCACAAAACUGUUCUUGAAACUAAUAGCAAGCAGCAUUUUAAGCUGUAAAAAAGGUGACAGUCCCUCUCUGUAAUGAUGGUUGCAUGUUCAUAGCAAAACACACGUACAUCACUGUCUUUGCAGGUAAAAUUCUUGUUUCUGUUUAAAGAUGCUUUGGGGGUUUUUUGGUUACAGUUCUAAUUCGUUUAUAUUAAGGUUCUUUUUCCAGCUGUGAGCAAAAUGGGUUGUAAGAGACAUGACUACAUAUUACAUAUUUACAAGCUGCAAAGCAUUGAAGUUACUUAACUGUUUUGAAAAGCACUUGAGUUUUGUGCAUUCUUUGAAAAGAAAAGGAUGGAUAGCAAGUAAUCUGUUUAUUUUUCCCGAAUAUUUCUCUUUGAUAAAUGAAUAAAGUCGAGAUUAUUUUUGACAGCGUCAAUAUGUAGCUCAAGCUAAACAAAUUAAAAUAUUGCAGGUGAACCAGAAAGUUUCCACUUUUUCUUGCCCCACAAUGAUGAGAUAAUGUACUUUGAUGUACUUUGCCACUGCUAGUAUAAACACUUCUCUAUAUGUUGGCCUAUAUUAUUACACUUGUUAUCUCUGUAUACUUGUAGGUUGUGCACAAUUUUUCCUCGAUGGGUUAAAAUUGAGAGACAGCUGAUGUAUCUCCUAACCCUUCCACCCUGUAUCAGUUUGUGAUAUAUAAUAAAACAUGAUGCUUGUG